AUGAUUAAUUUUCAGAGCGGUGAAUGGAUAACGGUUAAACUGGUAGAGGCUCAGCCUGAUCUCACGAGCAUCGGUAACGAUCUGCAAGAAGCCGUCGAAUUGCAAACUGCACACAGCGAAGUACUACGACAGCUCAAGAACAAGGCUACUCCCGUCGAAGAGUUAAUGCGCCAAGUCGAUAAGAAAGUAUCCUCCCAGCGUCCGGAACCAGAGGUCUAUGCAGCGAUGGCCGAAUCAUUAGGAACUGCGUGGCAGAGCAUAAAUAAUCACCUAGAACACAGAAAACAAAUAUUAGACCUGAGUGUAACCUUUCAAACAAAUUUCGAACAAUGUCUCCAACGUAUGGAAGCCCUUAAUAUUAUUUGUCGCGAUGAGGAACUUCCCAUUCAAAUUGAUGCAGUUAAACAAGCUCUCACUGAAAUACACGAUUUGAGAAGAUCGGUUUUGGAAUCUGUUAUGGCUGCUCUACAAGAGGGAGGCCAUUUACUAGACCAUUUAAAAGAUUUAAAUAAUAUAGGUACCUUAGAUUCUAGGCCAGGACAAAUUAAACCGUCAAUUGGAUCUGCUAUCAAACAAGUUGAAAGCUGGUUGGAAGCGAUGCACGAUAGGAGGAAAAUCUUGGAAAUUUCAUGGCAAAAUAGAAAAAAUCGGUUAGAGCAAUGUUUGGCUUUGGCUAUGUUGGCGAGAGACUUACAUGAAUUGGAAGAUGCUAUAAGGGAACAUAAAGAACGAAUUGGAUCGGAUAUUUAUCUGGGUGAAUCCGAGUAUGAAACUUCAAUGUUGAUAGUGGAUAUUAACAAUUUUUUGAAGGAAGUUAAAGAAUUACAAGAGCGUGCGAUUAAAAUAACCAGGGCUACCGAACAGUUGGUAAAAUCUGGCUGUUUUGCAGGACGCGAAGCCAGUGAUAAAGCUUAUAGUGUUUUGGGAGGAUGUUCAGAUUUCUUAAACGACUUGGAAAGCAGGGAAACAUUAUUGACACGAGCGCAAGCAUUUUACGAAAAUGGACGACAAGUUUUAAAUCGUCUUGAUGAUUUCGAACGCGAAGUACGACAAAACGACCUGGUAGGAAUGUUGCCUCGUCUCACUCCGGUCACUAUAACAAAUGCUGUUGAUGAAAUUACGCAGGACGUAAUUCGAGAAGGAAGAGAUUUGUUAACAGAAUGUGGUGUCAACAAUCCGGGAUCACAAGGUGUCAGAAAUUUAUUAGAAGAGAUCGAGAACAGAGCGAUAGAAUUGAGGAGAAAGUGCGAUGAGAUGCGAAGGACGGACAGAAAAAUCGGCGAGGCGUUGUUUGCGUUCCAGGAAAAACAAGAUGAACUUUCAUCCUGGCUUAGAACGAUAUCUGAAAUCUCUUUGAAGGAACGCAGGGACAUGGGACAUGAUCUGCCCACAGCCAAAGACUUCUAUAGUUUCCAUCAUGAAUUAUUGAAGAAUCUAGAGAUAAAGGGUAACGAGAUCAACGCCCUGUUACUGACUUUACCACCAAUUUUGGAAUAUCUGGACGACGAGCAACGUAGAGAAGUUGAUCGAAAGGUGGAAAGUUUGCACGAGAAUUGGACUACUCUUAAAGCUUUGGUAGAAUUGCGCCUGGAUCUCUCUUCAGUAUUCGUACAAUUUCUAACUGAUGCAGAUAAGCUUAGCGCAGAAUUCGAUACAUUGGAUCAACUGUUGGUCCGAUCUUCGGCGCAUUCGAUGGAGGAUAAGAUUAGACUUAUGGACGUGCAGUGGAAUGUUAUUAAGCCCUUGUAUGAUCAGCUUAAGAACAGUGGAACUGGUUUUAAAAGAUCUGCAGAGCAGCGAGCCGUCAGCGACCGCCAUUUGGCGAUAGGCACUGCCUGUUCGCUUAUCGACGAAAUUCUGAACGGUUCUCCGGAAGAGAGUUCAGGCUUAUCGAGCAGCAGGAGACUUGGCGCACGCAAAUCACCACCGUCCGACAGGUGUACGAGAGUUAUUAAUUGGAUUUCAAAAUUAGAUAGCAACAUAUAUCCAGUCCUUACAUCCCCUACAUCAAAUGCUAGUGAAUUAGUUGCUUUUGCUGAAAGUACCUUGCAAAGGGUUACAAACGAAAUAGUACAAGCUCAGAAUGAUAUACAAACUAAACUUCGUUUAACAGAAGAUUUAGUCGCUCAAGAUACAUCUCUGCUCGAUGAAACGCAGCCAGUGAAGAACAAUCUUCAGGAAUUGCAACAAAAAUUAAACACUACGAGUACUGAAUACAAACUAUUAGUCCAGUCUAUCAUAUCCUUCUUGCGAAAUGUUGCAGAAUUGGAUAAAUCUAUUGAAAAUAUUCAGAGCAAACAUAGAUUACCGGUGGAUUUACAAACUGACCUCGAAAAUUUCGCCAAAGAUCACGAAGCCUCUAAGAAAAUAAUCAUGGAAAUGUUUAAGCAGCAGGAACCAAAACUUGCAGCUCAACACGACAUUGAGAAGAUAUUGACGAUGCUUGAACAUAGGAAAUCAUGUUUUGAAGCCUCUUGGAAUGCAACUAAAUUGGCUCUCGAUGAAUCAAUGAAAACUGGACAAUUCGAUGCAGAUUUGAAAGACAUCAAUAGUACGUUGGACGAUCUGGUCAGGCAACUAGCGUCAGUACGAGGACAAUACGGCGAGACUUUGGCCACAGCGAAAGCAUCAUCACUGGCGUUUGAAUAUUUCGAACGAACGAUCGAGCUACUGCAAAAUAGAAUUGAUGGAUUCGUUUCAUCCUCAAAUGAAAUAUUUUCGGACCAAACAAAAGAUUACCCACGUAUAAAACGUGAUUUGGAUGCUCUAAGUAGCCGUUGGAAUGGUUUUCGACAUGAAGUUUCUGAAGUCAGAAGGCUCAUUGAUUUGAGUAUGCAAUAUUUCAAAUUGGUAGAUGAGACCGAAGAUUGGUUUGGAGAAGGAAACAAACUAUUAUUAACUGUAGCUAGUAAAAUUGCAACAAUAAAGACUGAAGACGAUGCUAAUAAAUUAUUAUCUGAAAUGGAACACUUUAUAAGUUCUGGCGAGUAUAAACAAAACGAACGUCUUAACAAAAUGUCUGCACUUGCAAGAGAUUUAUAUGAUGAUAGCAGAUAUUCACAUCUCAAUAAGAUUCAAAAUUCCAAUCGCGACAUGAUGACUUCUUUCGAAACCAUGAGAGACAAUUUAAGAACAGCAAUAGAUAAUUUGAAAGCAGCUGCUAUAGAACGUGAUGAAGUUGAUAGAAGUUUGGCUGAAAAAGCUAAAUUGGAAGCGGAGUUACUAGCGCAAUCGGAGAUGAUUCAACAAAUAACAGUAAAAACAACAACAUCUGAAUCGCAAACUGUUGAUUUAGGUAAAGCGCCAGAGUUUACUGUAUUGCUUACGGAUGCAGUAGUUCCUGAGGGUAGUAAAUUUACAUUUGAAUGCCAAGUUGUUGGAGAUCCUGAACCUGACGUAACAUGGUAUAAAGAUGGUAUGAGUAUACAAAAUAAUCCUGACUAUAAAACAGUGUUUGAGAACGGAAAGUGUAGUCUAACAAUAGAAGAAACGUUUACAGAAGACUCUGCUAAAUUCAGAUGUAAAGCAAUUAAUAAUUAUGGUUCUGCAGACACAUGUGCAACGUUAUCGGUUCGAGAAACUGAUGUCAAUACUCUCUUGCAACCACCUCAGUUUGUAGAAUUAUUGAAACCAGGUAAAGCCAUGGAAGGUAAAAGCUUUCAGUUUGAAUGCAAAGUGAUAGGAAAUCCGUUACCUACAGUGCAGUGGUAUAAAAACGAUGUGUGUAUAGACAAUUCGAAAGAUUAUGGAAUUACGUAUAAUAAUGGAGAGGCCGUUUUGCGAUUUGAAGAAGUAUUUCUUGAAGAUCAUGCUCUGUAUAUGUGCAAAGCCACAAAUGAUGCUGGUAUUGAUCAAUGUCAAGCAUAUCUGAUGGUUGAACCUCUUGAACCAACUGAAAAACCAGUGUUUGUAAUACCACUAUCUAACACAAUGGCAAGAGCCGGCCAAAAAGUGAAAUUGGAAUGCCAAGUAUCAGGUAUACCAGAACCCCAAAUUCAAUGGACUCAUAAUGGAAAACCAUUCAUGGAAACCUCUGACUCAAAGUUGCAUCGGGACGGUCAACGUGCGACGCUCAUAAUAAACGAAGCGUUCCCAAAAGACGCUGGACUGUACGCAGCGACCGCUCGAAACAUCGCCGGAACGGUGACCAGUUCAUGCAACGUCUCAGUGAAGGGUCUUCUGCCCAACGAAACUUCAGAUUCCGAACAGCCGAGCGACAUGGAGCCCAUCAAGCCAUCCGUGCAGAUGCCACUUCAGGAUCGAUCAGCGUUCGAACGCGAUUCCGUCAGAUUCGACUGCAUUAUUGUUGGCCAGCCCGAACCUGAAGUUAUCUGGUAUCACAACGAUAGACCUGUGAAAGAAUCUUCUGAAUUCCAACUCCUGUUUCAAGGAGAUAGGUGUUCGUUAAUCAUUCGAGAAGUGUUCUCUGAAGAUGCUGGAGUUUAUAAAGUGGUUGCGAUCAAUUCCGCAGGCGAAGCGUCCAGUACUUGUAUCCUUAAAGUCAAUAAACCCCAAGAAGUAACACCGCCCGAGAAAGUUUUACCGACUGGGUUUGCGCCUAAAUUUACAAGGUUGUUGACGGACGUUUUAGUUCCCGAAAACGAGAAAGUUUUAUUAGAGUGUGAAGUGACUGGUGAUCCGAAACCUUAUGUUAAAUGGUAUCAUAAUACUCGAGAAUUAAUAUCAAAUGAACGGUAUGAUAUCUGCUUAAAAGACGACGGUGUAGUUAGUUUAACAAUUCUGCAAGUACAUCCCGAUGAUAAAGGUUUAUAUACCGUGAAAGCAUUUAAUACAAACGGAGACGCUAAAUGCUUCGCCAAUUUGAUAGUAAAAUCAGUAAACGUAGGAGAUAGUCAAAAACCCGUGCAGAUUCAGGCAGAGUUUGGUUACAUUGCACCUCAAUUCAAAGAAUUAUUCUCCGAUUGCAAAGUUCCGGAUGGAUGUCCGGCGAAAUUUGAGUGUAUCGUAACAGGUAAACCUACACCAAGAUUAAAUGGCUUUUUAAUAAUUCUCCAGUGA